AGUCCGAGGGCCAGAAAAAGUGUCCGGACCGAUGGUUCUGCAGAGAACAUAAAAGGCAAUGGUCCAUUUAAAUUUACUGCAGAUCAUUACUCUUUCGCCCUCUCUCAAGUCUGCUGAUCUGGUGUCGAUCAAUUAUUACACGUCACAUCACCAUGAUACCCUCCAUCAUUCUCUUCCCAAUCUUGGGUGUCCUUGCUUCUGCGCAAACAACAACUCUUAAUGUUCUCUUCCCUGUUGAGGGUAUUAAGUCAGUCUACGGUACCGUAGUGGCAGCAAGUCCCCAAGUCACCACAUUCGCCCUUCACUGCGGCGAAAAGGUCGACAAUGUCCAAUGCGAAAUCAUCGGCACCCAGACCGUGGUGGUUGGGCCAGAAACCUUGUCCAUCAACUACUCGUUUGAUGGUAACGACAAGGUUUCUUAUUUUUCUGAGGAUCUGAACUGCAAGAUCAAGACGGCCGAGGCCAGCUGCCACAUCUGGAUCCAGACCGAGAACUCAGCUGGUGAAAAGGUUACCACGUCCUUGUCCAAUUUCGAAAUGAACACCAAAACCCGCCUGAUGCCCGCUAUUAUCACUGAAGGAGCUGAAAAGCUCCAAGCCACAGAGGUCACCGCGACUCCCACGCCAGGUGCCAUGACAUCCACUGCUACAAGUCACUCACACGAGACGCACGAGGCUUCUGGGACCUCCUCAAUGCCCAAGCCUACUACGUCCAUAGCUACAGGUGAUGCCGCUCCGGGCAUGUCACUCCAUGUUGGAGUGGUCGGGCUUGCCGCUGUUGCUCUAGCCUUCCUGAUUAUGUAGUUUAGUGAUUGGAUGAUACAUACUGGGGUACUGACUGAUUGUUGAAGAGGUAAUGCAUUUUUUUAUCUGUAGAUAUAUCUGUUAUAUGAGUAGAAUUCUCGAGUUUAGUUAGUAUAGCUAUAUAUAAUUGAAACUAGUUGCUAAAACCCUGAGAACUCCUUGAUGUUCCCAUUCUAGUCAG